UAUAGACGCCUGGAUUCCCUUAAAAGGAGGAUCGCCGCGCCUUCAGGGCGGCCUUAUUUAUCCCGGAGGAAGAAGAAGAAGAAGAAGAAGCAGUCAGUGUUGUUGUUAUCUUCCGUCUAUUCCGAUGUGAUACCUGUCAACUCUCUUGAAAAUGACGGUAUUCAGUAGUCAGAAGCGAACGGCCUAUUCGUUGUGGAUUAUUUUUCUCACCUUAGACUUCGAUAUAUGGGAAGUGAAAUGUACAAGUGUAGCCGAAGUAGAUCGCCAUUUGCAAAUGGGUGUGCAAAUGCUAGCGAAGGGUCAGCUCCAUGAUGCUCUUUCACAUUUUCAUGCUGCAAUAGAUGGUGAUCCUAAUAAUUAUUUGACUUACUAUCGCCGAGCGACUGUAUAUCUUGCCCUUGGGCGCUCCCGACAAGGUCUCCAAGAUUGGAUGAAGUCAUUAGACUCAAAACCAGACUUUACUGCAGCUAGAGCACAAAGAGCAGGGGUUCUAGUCAAACUGGGAAGACUUGAAGAAGCUCAUAUAGAUCUUGAACAUGUGUUACGGAAAGAUCCAGCACAUGAGGAAGCUAAUAGGUUGUACACCUCAAUAGAACCAUUGAAACGAGAUAUCUUGGAAGCGUAUUCCCACGUAAGAACAGGACGCUACAAUCACGCUAUUCUGAUUCUCAAAAGUGUGAUAGAGCACUGCCCGUGGGAUGCUGCAUUGCGUGACUUACGUGUAGAGGCCUACCAAGGUGUUGGGGAUAUGAUGAGUGCCAUUGCUGAUAUACGUGUCACAACUAAACUUACCCAGGACAACACUGAGGGUUAUUUAAAGCUGGCAAACAUGUAUUACCAAAUAGGAGAUGUAGAACAAGGAUUGAAUGAAAUUCGUGAGUGCUUAAAGUUGGACCCAGACCAUAAAAAUUGCUUCACAUUGUACAAAAAGAUUAAAAAGAUCAAUAAAAUCCUCAAUGAUGCACAGGAAUAUGUCAACAAUAAGGAAUACGAAGAAUGUGUGAACUCAGCAAAUAAGGUGCACAUCAUCAGUGUUGAUUUUCAGUGA